ACAAGGAUCUCCAGCCAGCAGUUACUUCAUGCUGCUGUUAUCUGUUUACUGUUCGGGGAGCUCACGCAGCAGUGAAAGAGGGGACAAGCGUUCAGUGUGUGAAGAAGACACCACAGGAAAGAACAGAGGAGCGUCUGCACAUUUCUACAGAGGAUGGAACGUAUGCUGGCUUUGACUCUGCUUUGUCCAUUUGUGUAUUUUACCACCGCGGCAUCCAACCAAGACAAUGUGUGUUUCAGGCCUGAGCUGGCUGCCCACAUUGAGACGAAUGGGCUCCAGAGGUUCUUUAACCCCGGUCGGGAGUUAACGCUGUCCUGUCAUCAGGGAUACACCCCCGUGCAGGGACCUCUGAAGAUUGCUUGUGGUGCCAGUGGAGAAUGGACGAAAACCAAAUUAUUGUGCAUACCAAAACGGUGUCCCUCUCCUGAUCCAUUGGCUCAUGGAGAAUCGUUCUAUGAGGAUGUCGUGUUUCAGAGUAGGAUUAACUUUACGUGUGAUGAAGGGUACACCUUGACUGGAGACAGCACCAUGGUGUGUCUUGCCAAUGGAACAUGGAGCGCACAAGUACCAGAGUGCAAGACCGUGACCUGUGGUCUCCUACCGAUCCCACAGUUUGGGAUGAUAAUUUAUGACAAGAGCAUCAGAGGGAACACCACUGAUUUUGGCGUCGGAGGGACGUAUACGUGUCUGCCUCCGUACGUAGUUAUUGGCAACCCGAGAACCCAGUGCACCAGCAGCGGCAACUGGACCAAGACCCCUGAAUGUCAAGUGGUGACCUGUCCUACACCGGAGAACAUUGACAACGGAUUCGUGUCCAGCAGCGACCAAAGAGAAUAUGACUACAUGGAAACAGUCAAAUAUGGCUGCAAUGGAGACUAUGACAUCGAAGGAAGCCUUGAGAUUGUUUGUCAGCAGAAUGGGGAAUGGUCUGAAAAGCCAUCCUGCAAAGCUCCUUGCAGUGUUGGCAUACAGAAAGCAAGGAUUUUAUACAAAGGACAGAAAAUCUGGAUCAAACACCUGCAGCCUAACAAAAUCUUCCACAAGGAUAUUGUCUCAGUCUACUGCGAGGACACGGUCCGGAAAUGUGGCUAUGCAGUGCCAACCCAGUGCACCGAUGGAAGACUCACAAUCCCUGAAUGCUUUAAGGAACCCAGAGGUAUUGAUUACCACUUUCGUUCAAGUUCACUUCCAUCAGAAAUCGAACAGUGCUGAAACAACAGCAGAUCCCUUCUCUGAUUAUUAUUAAACUACUUCCAUAACCAA